AUGAACGAGUCUCCGCGAAGAGAUCUACAAGUCUUCGAUUUCAAUGAAGAGGAUGCGAUUAACUCCGACAAACUCAUCUUCAACAAAUUCAACAAAAUCCCUAUCAACGAUUCUCUCGCUCACGAUGGCCAGAUCAAAGAGGUUGGUGUCAAGAAUGUCCCCAGUAAUUCUUGUGUUGAUGAUGUAAUUGGGGGUAUUUCAGAUAUGGAAGCAGGUUGUUCAAACCCCUCUUUCAAAACAAUGGAAGAUAAAUUUGAUAGCAAAGUGAAGAAUUCCGAGUUAGGUGCUGGCAAACAAACAAAUUCCAUUAGUCAGGAAAAUCACUGUCAUUUUAAAAUAAAUGUUGAUUACUAUGACGAACAAAAGAAUAGGGAUACAAGUGGUGGUGCAUCUACACCUGGGACGAAUCAGAUUGGUCCUUCAGGAUCUCCAUCCAGUAAAGAAUCUGUUGAUGUUAGUUCUGAUGCUGAUGAUUGCAUGAACCAUGAGAGUGCUCCAACAAGUGCUGCUUCGGAUAUUGUAGAGAAUGGAGUAUUUCAUCUUUCAUUGAAGGGUUGUGGAUUGAAUGGUGCACACACUUCUGACAUGGAUGACACAACAGAAGUUGUUCUCUGUCCUGAUUAUAUAGUUUAUCAGGAUAAUUAUUAUAUGGGGCCAAUGUUAACUUUUUCACAUCGUUGCAUCAAGAUCAAUGUUUCAACUGCAAGUAUGAAGCAAGGGGCCUUUGAUCUUGAAUGGGGACUUGAUGAUCUAAUUGAUAUUAAGUGUCAGUUGUUUCAAAGUAGUGAAACGGUCAUCAUAAAGAUUAAUGUAAUAUCAAGGAAUGCAAAUCAGUUAGAUAAUGUAAGCGACACUUCAGGCAUUGAGGAAUUGGAGAUUGCACUUGUUGAUUCCAAUUGGUCCCUGAUACAUAAACAGAUCACAUCUCUUAAUGUAAAAUACUUGGCUAUUUGGAACGUCAUGCUUAAUAUGGAUGUAGAAGAUAAGGAAACUAAAUCGGGUGGAUCAAGAUGCUACUUUCCCAUUUUUGAGGAGCCUUUUGAUGACGUUAUAUAUCCUGAAGGGGAUCCAGAUGCUGUUUCUCUAAGCAAGAGAGACUUUGAUCUAUUACAACCCGACACAUUCAUUAAUGACACAAUAAUUGACUUUUACAUCCAGUAUCUGAAGAAUCAGAUACAAGAGGAGGAAAAACCUAGAUUUCAUUUUUUUAAUAGUUUUUUCUUUCGAAAGCUGGCUGAUUUGGACAAAAAUCCAUCUAGUGCUUCGGAUGGAAAAGCAGCAUUUCUACGUGUUCGUAAAUGGACAAGAAAAGUAAAUUUAUUUGAAAAGGAUUACAUCUUCAUUCCUGUAAACUUCAAUCUUCAUUGGAGCUUAAUAGUCAUAUGUCAUCCUGGUGAAGUGGUUAAUUUCAAUGAUAAAGAGUUGGCCAACUCGCUUAGGGUACCCUGCAUAUUACAUAUGGAUUCUAUAAAAGGAAAUCAUAGUGGUCUGAAAAACCUGCUGCAAAGUUACUUGUGGGAAGAAUGGAAAGAGAGACAUAAUUAUGCACCGGAAGAAGACCUUUCAGCAUUAUUUUCAAAUUUGCGUUUUCUCCCCCUUGCGUUGCCACAGCAGGAUAACUCAUAUGAUUGUGGCCUCUUUCUGCUGCACUACCUAGAGCUCUUCCUUGCCGAAGCUCCUCUUACUUUCAAUCCAUUCAAACUAACCAAGUUUUCCAAUUUUCUCAAUGCGGAUUGGUUUCUGCCUGCUGAGGCAUAUCUCAAGCGAACACUGAUCCAGAAGUUGAUUUCCGAACUUGUGGAAAGCCAUGGUUCACGUGAAAUCUCGUCCUCGGACUGUAGUGAUGACCCCCAGUACAUAGAAAAUAAUGAAAACAAGAUCUGCAUUGAGCAUUCUGAAGUCAACAGGGAGUCAAAAAUUUCCUUGGAUGGGCAGGGAAUAGAAAUGACUCUAUUGUCUGGAUCAUCGGCUCUGGAUCCUCAAUCUUUUAACAACUCAGGCAUGGUUCUUAAGGAUCUAUUUGAGCCUGGUGCUUCAGCAGCAACACCGGCACAGUGCAAUUCUUUUGACCAGCGAUCGUCUGAUUAUCGUUUCAAUAAUUCAAUAUUUUCGAUGGAGGAAAGCUCCGAUCUUGGGGAACAAUUUAUGUAUUUAGCCACAGAUACCAACUUAGCCACAGAAACCAACUUCCAGCAAGUGGCCGAAGUUACACCUCAAGCAUGUUCUUUGCCUUACCUUCCUCGGGAUUGUGGAAAUGGGAUUAAUCACAUACUAGAAAUCUCUCUGCAAGAGGAUGUGUCAUCUCCAAGCAGUUCCGACGAUACAGAAGACAUAGGGGUCACUGAAAACUGUCCAGACAAUGGGAAUGUACCCGUAGCAUCUAAUGAGGCAGAACAAGGUGAAAAAAUUUGUUCACCCAUAGUAAAUGCCGAGCAUUUUAUAGAUAUCUGUGCUUCUGCUAGCAACAAUUUAUCAAUACCCUCGGUCAUGGGAAUUUCUCAAGACUCCAUGAAUUGUGAGGGUUACAAGAAUGGAGAAAUUCACUCUCCCUGUCAGGAAGCUCCCACAAUAGGGUUGCAUCAAGUUUCUGAGGCAGUAGAUGAGGAGGCCGCAUGUGAUGAUGGUCAGAUGAUUGAUGGUAUGGGACCUAAUAUUUGUGAGGAACAGGCUGCAAAGAGGAGGCGGGUUAUGCCACCACAAUGA